UAGACAUCUGAAAUUUUGUGUGAUAUCUGUUGUGUGUACAAGAUCAACCCCUUGAAACUUUUUAAUUAGGCAUAAACCGCCUGAAAUAAUGACGGAGGCAGACCAAGAAAACCAUCCUCCCAAAACCGAUAGUGGCGAUGAGUCAGAAGAUGAAAGCGAAGUCUUGGAAGAAAGCCCUUGUGGAAGGUGGCAAAAACGACGUGAAGAGGUAGAGCAAAGAGAUGUACCUGGAAUUGAUAAUGCUUUCCUGGCAAUGGAUACAGAGGAAGGUGUGGAGGUAGUAUGGAAUGAGGUUCAAUUUUCUGAGAAAAGAGACUUCAAAGCCCAACAGGAUAAGAUCCGGAGAGUGUUUGAUAAUUUGAUUCAAUUAGAUCAUCCCAACAUUAUCAAGUUUCACAAAUAUUGGACUGAUUCCAAAAGUGAAAAGCCUAGAGUUAUCUUUAUUACUGAGUACAUGUCAUCAGGUUCAUUGAAACAGUUUCUAAAGAAGACCAAAAAGAACAACAAACCAUUCCCUCUCAAGGCAUGGAAACGAUGGUGUACACAAAUAUUAUCUGCUUUGAGUUAUUUACAUUCCUGUGAUCCACCUAUCAUUCAUGGUAAUUUGACCUGUGACACCAUCUUUAUACAACACAAUGGUUUGAUUAAAAUAGGAUCAGUUGCUCCUGAUGCUAUCCAUACUCAUGUGAAGACAUAUCGUGAAGAUCUGAAGAAUAUGCACUGUAUUUCCCCAGAAUACGGCAGAUCUGUGACCGUGUUUGUUGAUAUUUACUCAUUUGGUAUGUGUGCCUUAGAGAUGGCUGCCCUUGGUAUACAUGGUAGUGAUAAUGGAAAUCAUGUUACAGAUGAAGCUAUACAGAAAACGUUACAAAGUAUAGAAAUUCCACUACAAAAGGAUUUCCUGUCUAAAUGUAUUCACCCUGAUCCCACUAAACGUCCCACAGCUAGAGAAUUGCUCUUCCAUCCAGUUUUAUUUGAGGUCCAUACAUUAAAACUGCUUGCUGCUCACACCUUUGUCAAAAACUCGUCAAUUCUUCCAGAAAAUAUAGCUGAUGAGUCCCAUUUAUCCAAGAUGGAUCCCAACCAGAUUAUAGUAGAAAUAGUUCGUAAAGAUGGUAGAGAACCAGUUCAAGUCAAAUAUUCUUCCAUUCCUGCAUUAGAAAUAGAGAAAUUCCUUGAAGAUGUGAAAAAUGGGAUACAUCCAUUAACAGCCUUUGCCAUGCCCCGUCCCCCACCGUCUCGUCCCAGAGCAAUAACUCCUGAACUAACAGAAUCUGUGAAAUCUGAAACUCCAGAACCAAUAGACAUCGAAACUAGAAUGGUAACUAAUAUGACCUGUAGUGUGAAGAAAGGUGAAGAUACACCUAAUGUACAGUUAACUAUAACAUUACGUAUGGAUGAUAAAAUGAAUAGACAAUUACAAUGUGAUAUAUCGCAGGACGAUAACUCUAUGGUAUUAGCUGAAGAAUUAGUUCAUUAUGGCUUUAUUAAUGAGUUGGAUAGAGAUAAAGUAGCCCAUAUGAUAGAAGAAAAUAUACAUGGAAAUUUAGUGAAUGGUAUCGGUGGGAGUCAGUCACCUAUUGUCACACCAGUUGCUUGAUAUAUUUCUUGAUUGUUUUCUCCUAUUGACUCUUAAUUGCUUACUUUAUAAAUAUAUUUCUACAGUGCAAUAUACGUUAAUAUGACAGUGCUAUCAUUUUUAUAGAGUAUUUUCUUGUAUAUUGUCCUGAUCUGAAACAAAAUCAGAUCAAAAUUGUUCUGAAUCUUAAAGUACGAAAUAGUAUGAUAGUGUUUUGACCCAGUUUCUUUCUGUAGUUUAAACUUAUAUCCAUGCUGACUAGAAAUAUAGAUUAAGGAAUAUGUUCUCAACUGUCCUGUAUUUUCAGUACUUUUGUGAUAGAGCCUAUAGGUUAGUCAGAAACAAAACUUAAUGGGCAUUAUAGCAAAAAGCAUUAUUUGUACUUUCAAAUUAAAUUUAAUUUUCCUAUGUGAAAAAGGCUAUAAAAAAAAAAUUUAAAAUUUUGUCCAAUUACUUUGAAAAUGAAAACAAAUUUAUUGAAAAAAGCCAAGUUUGAAGUUUAUACUGUCACUCAAAUUUAAAGAAAAUAAUCAGUAUGGUUUAUGUACCCUUAGAUAUAAGAAGAAAGGGAUAAAAUGAUAGGAAUGGUGUGGGAAGUGUUAUAAAGUAAAAUACUUUAAUCUUUAAUUAUUUAAGAAUUUU